AUGAAAAUAUUAACAAAUUACAUCACGAAGAAGUUUGAAAGGACGAAAUACAGACUCCAAGUAAUCGAGAGGAGAUAUAAACUUUUUUCGUGCGGUGCACCAAUGGUACUUUUGAUGUCUUUAACCAUAAGCAUAGGAACAUUUUUGAUAGAUUUACAAUACAGAAUUAGAAAUGUACGACAGGAAAAUAUAAACAUACGGGAAAAUAAAUUGAUAGAAGAAAAGAAUAAGCUAUUGAAAAUACUCAAAGAUUAUGAUUGUGUGAAUUAUGAAAAUAUUCCCAUUAAAAGGGAAUAA